AUGUCUCCAACAACUAUAAGCGAUAUCCAGCCACCAGCCGCUGUGCCUACCAAAUCUAUUGCUCCCCCUUCGAGCAACCGGGUUGAAAAGCCUCCGCAGGUCCAAGUUCUGGGUAAGACAAAGAGCGGCAAGACACUGAAGAUCCGCAGUUAUCCCCGCUUCGACAACUUGGAGGAUGAGCGACAGUAUCGCAAGCAGCACCUCGCCGCAGCAUUCCGUGUAUUUGCAGACCGUGGAUUCGACGAGGGUGUUGCAGGGCAUAUCUCUGUGCGCGAUCCUAUCUUGACUGAUCACUUCUGGAUAAAUCCCCUCUCUGCGCACUUCUCCCUGAUAAAGGUCUCUGACCUUGUUCUUGUUGACGAAGAUGGUAAUGUCGUUGAGGGCGAUGAGCCAGUUAACCUCCCGGCUUUCGCCAUCCAUUCUGAGAUUCACAAGGCCCGACCGGACGCCAACGCCGCAUGCCAUGCACACAGCGUCGCGGGGAAGGCAUUUUCGUGCUUUGGGCGUGAACUGGAGAUGAUUACCCAAGAUUCGCUGCGAUUCUAUAAGAGUCAUGCUGUCUACCGCGAGUUCCGAGGUGUGAUCCUUGACGGUGAAGAAGGGAAGCGUAUUGCCGCGGCGUUGGGGGACGGGAAGGCGGCUAUUCUCCAAAACCAUGGGCUUUUGACCGUUGGACAGAGUGUAGAUGAGGCAGCUUUUUGGUUUAUUAGCCUUGAUAAAACAUGCCACGCGCAGCUGUUGGCUGAUGCAGCGGCAGCGGGGGGAUUUAAGAAGAUCUUUAUCGACGAGGAAGAAGCGGCAUAUUCGGCGCCGCAGGUUGGUGGCCCAGAGAAAGGGUGGUUAGCUUUCCAGCCUUAUUAUGACGAGCAGGUUGCAAAGACAAAGGGGGAGUUUUUGUUGUAA